CCCCGCUCCAGUCGUUUCGGCAAUGGGGAAUCUCACUAGCAGUGCCCUGGGUACGUGUUUCGACACCGACGUCAAUAGGACAUACAAGAGCGGGCAGCUCGGCUUCCUGCAGACGACGAGGAAAUCGCAGAGGGGCGUGUCCAGGGAGAUUGCACGGGUGGGUAGGUCUGCACCAUGUGAAGAGGCAUGCAGCCACCUCAUAUCAGACGGACGCUGGUUCUGUUUCGUGCGUGUGUUCGCUUUGCUCUCGCAGGUCGGCGACCAUGCCGACAGCACGGACGCGUGGGGUCUGCAGAUGGCGUGUGACGCCGCUCACGACGACUACGUGAGGUGCCUGGCUGUGCUGCCCAGAAGCAACCUCAUUGUGAGCGGCGGUGGGGACUCUGUCAUCCGUGUUUGGAGUGCGGAGACGGGCAGGCUGCUGAGGGAGGUGGAGAAUGAUUCGCUGAGGGUCUUUCUGGUCAGGGAGGACCACAAUGAGCUGCUGGCGGGCGCCAGGGACGGCAGGUGACUGUGUGCAUGAGGUGAGUGGUGUUCAUGCGAUCUGUAUGCGUGUUCGUUUUGUCGUACACAGCAUCACCGUGUACGACACCAAAUCGUGGAAGGUCAAGACCGCCUUCAUGGACGACUCAGGCAGCGUCUUCGCCCUUGCCGAACACCACUACACACUCAUCAGGUAGCCACCCCAAGAACGCUUCCAAAUAUUCUCUAUAUCCUUGCACCUGUGGUGUCUCAGCGGCUCAGACCACAUCGCCAUCUGGACCAACCCUGAGUGGCGGCCGGCGACUGACCCUACACCCGGACACACUGGCAUGAUGGAGGGGCGGCCCAGCAUGGGCCGUGAGGUGAUCAGGGGGCAGAGGGGGGCGCCGUUGCCGUGGGGAGGGGUAUGGAGGGCAUCGCACGUCAUCGACGAGGCGUCGCGGUCACUCAUGGUGCAUGACGGCAAGCUGUAUGUCGGGGCUAUCGAUCGGGCUCUCAAGGUGGCCUCCACAGGGAUGGUUGGAGUGCGUGUGUAACAAGACACUUCGUUUUCCGUCGUGUGUCGUUGUGUGCAGGUGUAUGACUUGAAGACGCUCGAGUGCAUCGAGACACUUGUCCAUCACGAGCGGUGCAUUUGGUCGAUGCUCGUCGUGAACCAGUUCCUGGUCACCGGCAGGUAGGCGACACCCAGCAAGCAGCCUUGACACAGCAGCACUACUGACGAUUCUCUCUCUUGUUGGUUCAGCGCGGAUUUCACCCUGGGUGUGUGGCGGUUUGCUAAGGAGGACGGCGAGCCUGCGUUGCAGUUAGUGGCCAGCCUGGGCGACCACAGCGGAUGGAUUGUGCAGCUGCUCUCAUACGGCAACAAACUCGUCACGGCAUGCCUGUACGUCACCAAGAGGACAACGCAUGGAUGUUUGCAACGACGAGUGCUGUCCUCUCGACGUUGCUUUCCAUGCAGUGAUGGGUUUGUGCGUGUGUGGGACACGCACGGCGACCCAGUGGACUGGCGACGCGUCAAGGUCAUCGAAGUCAGCGAGAACGAAGAGAACGAGGUGGGGACUCAUAAGAGAAGAAAGGAGUGUCCGGCAGUGAGUGUCGCUGUCCGUCUUCAGGUGUACUCUGUGGCUGCGAUUGACAACAAGCUGGUCACCGCCAGCUCAGACGGGGCCAUCCACGUCUACUUUGAUGCACGGCAGCAGCACGAGCAGAGACAGAGCCAGUGAUCCAAUCGACAUCCGCC